GCGCAGCUCACGUCCGCGGAGGGCGCGGUGCAGUCGGCCGAGCGGGAUGCCGCGACGGCAGAGAAGAGGGUCGCAGAGGAGGCCCAGAAGGCUGAGGAGGCCAAGAAGGCCACCCAGGCUGAGAAGGCCAAGAAGAAGAAGGAGAAGCCCAGGAGCUCCUCCGAGCAGAGCGCCGCCCCCAAGAAGGGGAGCUCGGACAAGAGGCGGAAGGAGAAGGAGCCGGCCAAGAAGCGCUCGGACUCCAGCGGCUCCGAGUCCGCGAAGGAGCCCAGCCCCGAGAAGAAGCCGAGGAAGCGGUCGGAGUCGUCGAGGAAGAGGGACUCGUC